AUGAAGUACACCGGUUUCGCCGCUAUGGGCUUGAUGGGCUGCGCCCUCGCCCUGCCCCAGGGUCCUCCAGCUCCUUUCCCCGGUGCCCCCAGUGACGCUCCCACUCCCACUGGCCCUCCCCCAUCCGGCUUCCCGACCCCCUCGGGCCCCCCCCCCAGCGGAUUUCCUACUCCCUCGGGCCCCUCCCCCAAGCGGAACUCCCACCCCGGCCUUCCAGAAGCGCGCCUGCCUUUCACUCUCCCUGUCGAGAAGCGCCAGGAGCCAACCGGAACCCCAAGCGGCCCUCCUCCUCCUCCUACCGGAAGCCCCAGCGCCUCAGCCGGCCACGGCUUCGGCGGCUUCCACUUUGGCAAGCGCCAGUUCCAGCAGGGUCCCCCUCCUAGCGACUUCCCUACCCCAACUGGCCCUCCUCCCUCAGGCACUCCUUCAGGCACUCCCUCGGGAACUCCUCCUCCAUUCUCUACCGAUGCCCCCAGUGGCUUCGAGAAGCGCCAGUUUGGCGGCUUCCCCACCCCCUCGGGUACCCCCACCGGCUCUCCCUCAGGCACCCCCUCAGGCACCCCCCCUCCCCCUCCCCCCCUUCCAGAAGCGCCAGUUCCAAGGCCCUCCCCCUAG